GCAGAAUUUGUGUAUAAAUAGUGUUCAUGCUCAUGAAUGUGAAGUGUGUAUAUUGUUCAGUAAUGUUAAGAGAAUGGUGGGCUCUGUGUUAUAGGUUAUACCUGGGUAUAAUAUUCAAGGUUCUGUGUGUUGCAUAGCCUACCUGGUUAUGAAUUUCCAGACUGUGUUGCAGAUGUUGUUCAAGGAUGUGUUGCACAGCUGGGUGUUGUGUUAAAGACUCUGUGUUGCAUAUCAGGGUAUGAUGUUCAAGGCUCUUCGUUGAAUAGCCAGUGAUUUUUGGAUGUUUGAUAUUUUUGAUUAAGGAUAUGAGGCACUAGCCUGGCAAGCCAGACUAUAACAUGAAAUGUACAAGCAAAAAUACUUUCUGCCACUAGGUGGGGUUGUCUAGUUCACUAUGCUAAUGGGGCACACCUUUCUGUGCUUUGAUAUCCGGCCUACAGGUUUUACGAUGAAUGCGUAAAAUGGGCUUCCCCUGUUUUAAAAACCAGCAGCCGCCACUGAAUUUUAACUACGUUGUUUUUGCAGCAACCAGUGUGAAAUGUUUGGGCUGCGGUGAAAUGGGGCACCUGGUGCGAGCUUGUCCCUUUAAAGGGGGUGAAUCAGAGGGACAAGGGGAAAAUGCUGGUGAGGCUGAUGAAAACCUCAGAGAGGGGCGAUUUGCAGAGACUGGUCUGAGCACUGGGAAUGAGUUACCGGGUUCACCCGGUGUCGCUGAAGCAGAUGAACCUCACGAGACUACAGGAAUUAAUAUUCCUGCUUCUCAAACUGAACUCAGCAGUUCCGAGUGUGCUGUAGAGGGGAACGCUAGCUCUGAAUCUGGGACCGCAGACAGUUCGCAAAACAGCAACGAGUCGGUCACUAACUGCAGUCAGUGUUCAGUCUCUGCUGAUGAAAUGCUCAUAGAUUCAGAAGAGAAUGUUUUCAAAGUUCCACCAAAGAGAAAACAGGACGUUGUUAAAAAGAAAGCUAAAAAGAACAAAACUCUUACUGCCACUUCAAGCGAUGCUGAAAAUGAAAGCGAUUUCUCCGACUGUAGUGUGAAUUACAGCUUACGGCCGAGUGGCUUUACCAGUCGCAUCUAUUGAGGUAUUUCACUCACGUGACCAAGUCAUGUGACACUGCCAUUUUGGACGGCACGGCUCGAAUCAGUUUGAAUGCGAGGAAGGCGACAAACGAAAAACAUAAAAGAAAAAGGAGCGAGAUGCAGAAAACACCUUCACUAUCCAGCGACAUAGGGCAUUUACAGGGCGAGCAGAGGGAGAGGUAUUUGCAAAAAUUGAGUUUAGCAGGCUUAGAGAACGACGUUUACCUGCUUCCACCAGGAUUGUUCACUGACGUACGGAAGUACACGAAGCCCUCGUCUUUACCUGACUUCGGCCCACAUGAUCUGUAUACCUAUGUCGUUAAAAACCCAUCGCCAUACACAGGUAUUGAUCUGAAAGCGUAUACGAGUUUGGAUGCCUACAAAUAUUUUGUGUCAGGCUGGGUAACAUGCCUACAUCAGCGGGUCGUCCCUGGAGCCGGUGGUCGCCAUCUUAUUACAGCUAAGUGCUGCAGUACGGAGGGGAAUCGUGGACUCGGUGAGCCAAUCGCUGAAGGACGAGCAGGUGAAGGCCGUGGUGCUCUGUGGAGAGAAUGGACAUUUCUGUGGGGGGGCAGACAUUAAGGAGUUUUCGGGCUCCAUGACCGGUCCUCCUCUGGUUCCAAUGAUCCAUUCUGUGGAGGCCGGAGAGAAACCAGUGGUGGCAGCCAUAGAGGGCGUGGCUUUGGGGGGAGGACUGGAGCUAGCACUCGGCUGUCAUUAUCGCGUCGCUAACACGAAGUCCCGUUUGGGUCUUCCUGAAGUGACUCUUGGUAUACUUCCUGCUGCUGGGGGAACGCAGCGUCUUCCUCGACUUAUUGGCAUCUCUGCAGCCCUGGAACUAAUCACCACAGGUCGCCAUGUUUUAGCUCAGGAAGCUCUGCAACUCGGCAUCGUGGAUCAGGUUACUGAGGGGAACGCCGUGCAGGCUGCUAUGGAGCUCGCUCUCAGUGUUAUAGGCCAGCCAUUAAAUCCCCGCAGGUUGAGUCUGCGUGCCCCUGUGUGGGUGCCGGAUGUGGACAGUGUGUGUGAUUUGGCUUUAGCACGGGUGAAGCAGCAUUCUCGGGGAGCGAUGGCUCCGGUGGCAUGCGUUCAGGCCGUCAGAGCUGCAGCCAUGCUGCCCUACAGUAAAGGAAUGGAGAGAGAGAGACAGCUGAUGGACACACUCUUUAAGUCCGGCCAGGCUCGAGCCAUGCAGUAUGCCUUCUUUGCUCAGAGGACUGCUGGGAAAUGGAGUCUUCCUAAUGGGGCACAAUGGAACAAUACCAAGGCCAGGGAUGUCCAACGAGCUGGAGUCAUAGGUCUGGGCACCAUGGGUCGGGGCAUUGCUGUAUCCCUCAUUAAAGCAGGAAUCUCCGUAGUUGCCAUAGAGACAGAUGUAAAACAGUUGGAGUCGGGUAAGAAGGCGGUGACGGCCAUGCUGGAGAGAGACGCUCAGAGACGAGGCACAAGUCCUCCAUUACACCUCCUCACGUUCACACUCUCUUUCCAUCAGCUGAGGGACGUGGACCUGGUCAUCGAGGCCGUGUUUGAAGACAUGAACCUUAAAAAGCGUGUUUUUAGCGAUCUCUGCAAAGUCUUGAGGGCAACUGCACUAAUCUGCACCAACACGUCGGGGCUGAACGUGGACGAGCUCGCGGCAGUCACCGAUCGACAGCCCCUGGUAGUCGGGAUGCAUUUUUUUGCUCCAGCUCAUGUCAUGAAGCUUCUCGAAGUUGUUUAUGGAUCCCGAUCGUCUCCUGAAGCUGUUGCCACAGCAAUGGCACUUGGAAAGAGAAUAGGAAAGGUGUGUGUCGCUGUUGGCAACUGCCCUGGUUUUGUGGGUAACCGCAUGCUGAAGCUUUAUCUGGAUCAGGCUGUGUACCUUUUGGAAGAAGGAGCCACACCUGAGCAAGUGGACCAGGCUCUCGAGGAGUUUGGAUUCGCCUUGGGGAUCUUCAAAGUGGGCGAUCUUUCUGGUUUGGAUGUCGGAUGGAGGAUUCGGAAGGCUUCUGGUUUGAUCGGACCUGACGUCGACCCAGUAAAGCCCUCACGAUGGCGGCUUGGACAGAGAUACUGCCCGCUUCCUGACAUGCUAUGCCAACAGGGACGCUUUGGACAGAAAACAGGCCAUGGAUGGUACCUCUACGACUCUCCUGGGUCCAAAGAAGCGAAGUCUGAUCCGGAGAUCCGAAACUUCCUGGAGGAUUACAGGCGUAAAUAUGGGAUCAUACCACGACGCAUCACCUCACAGGAAGUGAUUGAGCGAUGUGCCUUUGCUUUGGCCAACGAGGGAUUCCGUAUCCUGGAGGACGGGAUCGCAGCAGGUCCGGAAGAUAUCGACACGAUCUACUUGUUUGGUUACGGAUGGCCGAGACACCGCGGAGGUCCGAUGUUUUAUGCUGCUCAGGUAGGGUUGUCCAUAGUGCUCGAGAAACUGGAGCAUUAUCAUCGCGUUCACCCGGAUGUGCCAAGUCUGGAGCCGAGCCGCUUACUGAGGAAACUGGUGGCUGAAGGAAGUCCACCAAUACAGCAGUGGAAGUCUCACCUCAACAACUUGCACAGUCACCUGUAACCCAGGUGAUAAAUGCUCGCAACAUCUUAAAGGAAAUGUUAAUAAUCAGAAAUCAUAACUGAGGCAGAACACCGCUGACUUUACACUCAUAAAUUAUUAACAGUGUAGUCAGAAAUAUCAGGUUUUAAAUAAUUUUAUAAUGCAGUGAUUGAUUAAAUCAAUAAUAUUUUAACAGUUAUUCACUGAAGGUGAAGUGAAUAUCAGUGAAUAAUAAUGAGAUGAGGUCGAGGUUCUUAUUCCCCAAUAUUCACUGAGCCUGAGGCAGAUUUAAAAAAGAAAAAAAAUCGUAUUAAAAAAAAAAUUUAAUUUCAAAAAUGGCAUACAAAUAUAAUGUGUAUAGACUUGUGCCACUUAUCUACACCAAGUCACAUACAAUCCUUUGUUUUGAAAUGGAUAAAAUAAAUCACAAGUCCACCUUACCUUUGAAUAGUUUUAGACCAAACUUCGUAGCAUCUUUAGUGUUUUUAGGAACAGCAUUUUCUUUCAUCUGUAAUUCUUCCUCAUUUACGGUGAUGAAGCAAUCGGCCGCCAUUUUGCCGAGUUGCUCGAGGUGAUGGUCGAGAGAUUCGGACUAUUUCUUGAUAAAUUGGCGCGCGAUUUUGUAUAAUCACCUCCGUAUUUAUAUUUUAUUAUUAUUAGUAGUAGUAGUAUGUUUAAUGUGAUGAGUACACGGAGAUUAUUAGCUUAACAGAAAUCAAUCUAUUGCUUUUGUUCCUGGAGAAAACUACACUGGGCAGCACGGUGGUGUGGUGUUUAGCGCUGUCGCCUCACAGCAAGAAGGUCCGGGUUCGAGCCCCGGGGCCGGCGAGGGCCUUUCUGUGUGGAGUUUGCAUGUUCUCCCCGUGUCCGCGUGGGUUUCCUCCGGGUGCUCCGGU